CCAACGUCUGAUCUCAUUAAGGCCACAGCCCAUAUCCAACAUGGCUACCAAGCGGAAGCAAGAUGACAAACAUCUCAAGAUUCUUCGGGAACUGGGGACGAAACCGGACAACAAGAAAUGCUUCGAUUGCGAGCAGAGGGGCCCCACAUAUGUCAACAUGACAGUGGGUUCCUUCGUGUGUACUCGAUGCAGCGGAAUAUUGCGCGGGCUGAAUCCUCCCCACCGAGUGAAGUCCAUUUCCAUGACGAGUUUCUCAACACAAGAGAUAGAAUUCCUGGAGAAACACGGAAACGAGUUUUGCCGACAGACGUGGCUGGGCCUGGAGAACUCCCGAGGUUCCUCCUUGGAGUCCAAAGACGAGCAGAAAGUCCGGGAUUACAUGGUGCAGAAGUACGAGAGAAAGAAAUGGUACGUCCCUCCCAGCCAAGUCAAGCUCAACAACAGCAGUAACAGCACACCGGAGGCUCAGCCACCGCUCCGGCAGGUGGCGAGUAGUAUUUCACCGAAGACGACGUUGUCAACAUCGUCCUCUUCACCUCCAAGCACCAAGGUAGCUGCUAAGAUCUCUUUACCGAUGCCGGGGGCCGUCCCGGGGCCCGCCUUACAGGCUACCGUUAGAUCAACACCAUCAGCGCCAAUCCAACAGCAACCAUCCAUGGAUCUACUAGGGGACCUGGGUGGUGACCCGUUCAGUCAGCCACAACAACAAAAACAACAACAACAACAACAACAACAACAAACGGCAGCUGCGUCGGCAGCAUCAGGUGGGUUUGCAAACUUUGGCCAGGCAUUUUCAGGUCAAGCGGCUCAAGGAAACAAACCGGCUGCGUUUGAUCCCUUUGGUGCCCCAGCGGCAUUCCCCACAUCCAGUAGCUUCAAUGCCUUCGGUCAGGCGGCACCCCAGGCGAGCUCCAACGUCAACGCAUCGUCCGUAUCCAGCAGUACGAGCUUCAACGCUUUCGGCGCCGCCCCCGCGCCAGCCCAGCCGGCCAGCAGUGGCUUUGCCGCCUUCAGCGCGGCCCCGACCUUAACCCCGGCGGCCGCGGGGAGCAACGCCGCGGUCGGCCAGACGGCGCAGUCGCUCUUCAACCUCAGUCUUACCACGUCGGCUCCUAGCAGCGCGGCCUCUCAACCAGUCAACUCAUCCGAUAAGUACGCCAUCUUCUCCAGUUUCGGGACGGACGGCGCCAGCGCCAGCGCUAGCACAGGGACCAAGAGCAUUGACUGGUCGGGGGGCGGGGGCUCGUCAUCGGGCGGAACCAUCGAUUGGAGUGGGGGAGGGGGGUCCUCGUCGUCGGGUGGAACCAUCGACUGGAGCGGGGGAAGCAAAGGGGGCGGAGCUAGUCUCUUGAGUGGGACCGGCAUCGAUUGGGGACCGGGGAGUAAUACAAACAUCAAGCAGCCAACUACGAGCGGACUCAUGUCAUCUGGACCAAAUCCAUUUAGCGGGCAGUCCAGUAUAUCGUCUGGGAUGCAUGGACUAACCAACACACAGCCUGUCUAUACUGGCAGCAUGGGCGGCUUCGGUUCCCAACCAGCGCCCCAGACCAGUGGGUUUGGGGCGUUCGGCGCCACCCAGGUGAUACCGGGCGCCCAGGGUACCACGGGCAACAUGAUGAACGGCGGGUUCGCCCAGCCCCAAGGAGCGGGCUUCCACGCCCAAGGCGGGGGCUUCCACGCCCAAGGCGGGUUCGGGGGUAUGCAGCCCAUGCCAGCGGGCGCGGCGCAAGGACAGAUGGGCGCUGGGCAAGGACAGAUGGCCGGCAUGGGGGCAGGCUUCGGGAUGCAACCCCAGGCGGGGUUCCCGGCCGGGAGCGGAGCAAUGGGGGGCGGCAUGAAGGCGGGAUUCGGCGCCCCGACGCAGCCCGUCGCGGGCCAGGGUUUCAACCAGCCAGGGUUCGGCGGGGCCAUGCAGGGGGGUUUCGGAGCCCCGGCUCAACCGGGGAUGAACGCCAUGCAACCCAUGGGUAUGGGUCAACCGGCCGGGGGUGGAUUCCAAGCUCACGGCACGGUGGGCGCACCGCAGAGCGCGACGGGAAGCAUGGGAUUCGGGGCUCAACAGCAAGGCAUGCCGACGGGGGCUGGCGGAUGGGGGCAACAACAGCAUAACCCGUUCAUGGGUCAGGCGGACGGUUUCGGUCAACAGCCCCAGGCGCAACGUUCCACCAACCCUUUCAUGUAGCCACCCUAUUGACCUUUGAUCUCCAACCCUCGCCAAGGAAUUACUGUGAGUCUCUUGAACAUAUGGAGUUGUACAAUUUCCCUCUGCCCGUUUUUCGUUGUAAGAUAAAUUUAAAAACUUUCUAGUUUAAAACGCUGUAUUAUAAAAAAUGUCUUCUUAUUAAUAAAACGGGAUAUGCUUUUGAUUGAUUAUUAUUAAAAUUGAUUCAAUAGAAUUACUAUUAACUGCUCAAAACUGGAAAGUGUACGUUACAAUUUAUUAUUAUUAUUAUUAUUAUUAAUA